GAGCUUGGAGCUCAGAGCUGGGAGAAGAAAGGCACCCCUGCACUCCUCCUUCUCCUCCUCCUCUUUCUAUCCUAACUAUCACCCAAUACCUGGAUGCGUACACUUCCAUUCCCCCUCCUCCUCUCCUCUCUUCUUUUUCCCUAACUUUCCUCCCUCUUUCUCGGCUGGACUCGACGGAUUGAGGAGCAGAACCAUGGCUGGGGCUAUAAUCGAGAACAUGAGCACCAAAAAGUUGGUGAUCCUGGGAGUUCUGCUGCUUUUAUUCCAGGCGUUCUCCUUCAUGGUCGGGGGGCUGAUCGCUCCCAGUCCCACCACCGCCAUCCACUACAUGGCGACGAAGUGUGUGGAUAACGUGAAGGGCCACCACCAGGCCAAGAAGUGGUUCGUGCCCUGGGGUCCCAAAAAGUGCGAUAAGAUCCGGGACUUUGAGGAAGCCAUGGCCAAGAGGAUCGAGGCCAAUAACAUCGUAUUCGCCGUUCACAUCCCCAUGCCCGACAAAGAGAUGAGCCCCUGGUUCCAGUUCAUGCUGGUCAUCCUCCAGUUCGACAUCGCCUUCAAAAUGCACAAUCAGAUCGAGGACGGAGCGAUGGUGACUGUAGACGUGGGUCUGGCGUACAGAGACAGCACUGUGAGCGAGUGGACGGAGAUGGCUCACUCUGUGGAGCUGAGGAAGCUCAGCUGCAACUUCACCACAGCCAAGACGAUUGAGAACGAGGGCAGACAUUACGAGUGUGAUGUUUUACCCUUCAUGGAAAUCGGCAGCGUCUUUCACAAGUACUACCUCCUCAACAUCCGGCUGCCUGUUAACGAGCGCAAGAAGGUGAACGUGGGAAUCGGAGAGAUAAAGGACAUCCGGCUGGUGGAUAUCCAUCAGAACGGCGGUUUUACAAAGGUCUGGUUUGCCAUGAAGACCUUCCUCACACCCAGCAUCCUCAUCAUCAUGAUCUGGUACUGGAGGAGGAUCACCAUGAUGUCCAGACCCCCGGUUCUUCUCGAGAAGGUUAUCUUUGCACUGGGAAUCUCCAUGACCUUCAUCAACAUCCCGGUGGAGUGGUUCUCGGUUGGGUUCGAGUGGACGUGGAUGCUGCUCUUCAGUGAUAUCCGUCAGGGAAUCUUUUACGCCAUGUUGCUGUCCUUCUGGAUCAUCUUCUGUGGAGAACAUCUAAUGGAUCAGACGGAGAGGAACCGGUUCUCUAUGUACUGGAAGCAGGUUGGACCCAUCGUCUUUGGCUCCUUCUGCCUCUUCAUCUUCGAUAUGUGUGAGAGAGGAGUGCAGUUAACCAAUCCGUUCUUCAGUAUCUGGGCGUCGGAUGUUGGGACUGAGUUGGCUAUGGCCUUCAUCAUCGUAGCAGGAAUCUGCGCCUGCCUCUACUUCCUGUUCCUGUGCUUCAUGGUGUACCAGGUGUUCAGGAACAUCAGCGGGAAGAGAUCGUCCCUGCCGGCCAUGACUAAAGCUCGCCGGCUGCAUUACGAGGGGCUGAUCUUCCGCUUUAAGUUCCUGAUGCUGGUGACUCUGGCGUGUGCAGCCAUGACCGUCAUCUUCUUCAUCAUCAGCCAGGUGAACGAGGGACACUGGCACUGGGGAGAUUACACUGUUCAGGUGAACAGCGCUUUCUUCACUGGGAUUUACGGCAUGUGGAACCUCUACGUCUUCGCCCUGAUGUUCCUCUACGCACCGUCCCACAAACGCUACGGAGACGAGCAGUCCAGCGGAGACCAGGUUGGGAACAGUGGUGAGGACAUCCAGCUGACCACCACCAUCACCCACGUGGACGGACCCACAGAGGUCUACAAGAUGAUGGGCAAGGAGGCUCAGGAGUAGCCCCGCCCCCAGAACCAUCGCUCUGGAACCAAACCAAUGCCUGUACUUCCAAUCCACCACACCUCAUAGAACCAUCAUAGAACCAAAUCACCACUUUAUUAGAUACACCUACUUUUAUUUCUACUGUUACUGCCAGUUUGAUCAGAAACACCCCAUAGGUUUGUUAAAUAGGAACACCAUAGAACUACUGGAGGUUACACUACUACAUCAUAGAAUGUGAGGUUUCUGAUAAAGUGGACACCAUUUAAUGGUUCCAAAAAUAUAUAUAUAUAUAGGAGUGCACUGAAUAUUUGGCAACCAAAAUAUUACAACUAACAAAAAACUUUUGACUUGAGUAUUUUGUGCCCUCACAACUCAAAAGAACAGUUUAACUUAAGUAAAUUGUGCCAUCACAACUCAAAAGAACCAUUUAAUUCGAGUAUAUUGUGCCCUCACAACUCAAAAGAACCAUUUAAUUCGAGUAUAUUGUGCCCUCACAACUCAAAAGAACCAUUUAAUUCGAGUAUAUUGUGCCCUCACAACUCAAAAGAACCAUUUAAUUCGAGUAUAUUGUGCCCUCACAACUCAAAAGAACCAUUUAAUUCGAGUAUAUUGUGCCCUCACAACUCAAAAGAACCAUUUAAUUCGAGUAUAUUGUGCCCUCACAACUCAAAAGAACCAUUUAAUUCGAGUAUAUUGUGCCCUCACAACUCAAAAGAACCAUUUAAUUCAAGUAUAUUGUGCCCUCACAACUCAAAAGAACCAUUUAAUUCGAGUAUAUUGUGCCCUCACAACUUAAACAAACCAUUUGAUUUGAGUAUUUGUGCCAUCACAACUCAAACGAUACAAAAGGUACAAAAGAACCCCUUUAACUCAAGUAUAUUUUGCUAUCACAACUCAAAAGAACUAUUUAUCUUGACUAUUUUCUGCCUGCACAACUCAAAAGAACCCUUUAACUUAAGUAUUUGUGCCAAAAAGUACAAAAGAACCCCUUGACCUGAGUAUAUUGUGCUAUCAAAACUCAAAAGAACCAUUUUAUCGGUACUAUGUAACAUCAGGUACAGUUCCAGUGUUGCUGUAAUGAAAAGAACCUUUUUUGCUUGAAGUUUAUAGACUGGUAUAUAAUAACAAUAAUGAAUAUAUUCUUUUUAUUCAAUGUGCCAUACACAAAUGGUUCUUCACAAUAGGAAAGAACCAUUUAAACAGUGAGAUAGUUAUAUUAAUAAGGUUCUUUAUUUUAGAAUCAUAUAAAAUAAGCAUUUAAAAACUGUAAAUGUCUGUAUAUCCAGGCAGGCCAGACAUGCUUUAUUAUUUGAGUUAGGAGUGCAUAAAGCUCUCGCUUAUAUGGCAGGUGUUUCCGAUAAAGUGGCCAGUGGGUGUAGGUAUAAAGAAGUGUACAGAUGUUCCUCAUCUUGAAUAUUCUCAAUAGAGAAACUGCUUUUACAGAAUUUGGGUUUGUAUAGUGCGCCACCUAGUGGAGAGUGGUGGAUUUAAGGUGGAAAUUUGGCAUAUUAUUUAUCAUAACUAUAUCUUCUUCUCAGCAGUGUUUCUAUAUAUCUUCAGCUAUAACACUAAACAUUUAUAUCCCGUCUGUUACUUUGGUCAGUUUAUUUCAGUUUCAUUUUUUUUUAAUAAAACAAAAAAUAAAUCAGAUGACUUCAACAUGACAGAUUGUAGCAGAUUAUAGCAGAAAACAUAAGCAUUUUGUAUAUAUAUUUUUCUUUUUUUUCCUUCAGGAUUGUCUGUAUGACUACAUAUAUAUAUAUAUAGUGUAUAGUGCAUCUCAAAAAUUUGUCAAAGAAUAUCAUUGAAAAGUUACUUUAUUUUAGUAAUUUAGUUUAAAAUGUAAAACUCAUAUAUAUUAUAUAAAAUAGAUAAAUAUAUCUAUUUUAAGCGUUUAUUACUUUUAUUGUUGAUGAUUAUGAAGAAAAUUAGAAUAUUAUAUAAGACCAGUUGGUACUUUUGGCAGUGUGGUCAGUGUGAAGCCAAGUCCUGCUGAAAAAUGAAAUCCACAUGUCGUUUGAGAGUCAUGUCUGUCAUCUGCUGCUGUUGAUCCACUGUGUUUUAUUAUCAAGUCUAAAGUCAGUGCAGUUUUGUUUUCCCACAAAAUCUUACAGCACUUCAUAUCUUACAGCUUCCCUCUGCUACUGACAACUUUUAUAGAGAUGCAGAUUUCAUUUUCCAGCAGGACUUGGCACACUGCCAAAAUCACCAAAUUUUGUUUUUUCAUUGGCUGUAAUCCAUAAUAAAAGCUUAAAAUAGAUCACUCUGUGUUUAAUACAUCUAUAUAAUACAUACGUUUCACAUUUGGAAAUGAAUUACUGACAUAAAGUAACAUUUCACUGAUAUAUAUUUUUAUGAUGCACUAAUAUAUAUUUAUAUAUAUAUAUAUCUGACUCUCCUGCUAUUUACUUCUAUAAACACUCCCUAUACCCAGCCUACACACACUUGUAUCACACUUUCUUCACUGUAAGUUCUGGGUCGGCUGGGUGUUAAAGACACUAAGUGUGUAAUGUGUUAUGAUGAUUAUGAUGUAGAUAUAUUUUUAUAAGGAGCUCAUGAUCGGCUGUACGGAAGAAGCAUUAGAUGUGUCACUGCUAUGUUUUUCGUUUCUCAGAACGAUUGUACUGUUGUAUCACGUAUGGGUUUUUGUUUUCGUGCUUUUUAAUCUAAUUUGAAUAAUAAUAAAAGCGACUUUUACAUCA